AUGGAGAAUAUUGCUCACCAUAAUACAACGUACAAUAUAACUCCAAUAUGUCUGGACUCUUCAGAAUGUUCGAGUAUGGAAAUGUUACCGCUAGGUUGUAAAACCCAUCUGGACAAAAGUGACGCCAGACGGAACUUAAUGGACACAGGAAUAUAUACACCUGAUAGUAAUUCCGAUUCUUCAGAUCCAAGAUCAGAUAGUAGUUGUGUCGACGUGUCCAACUCGCUCGCUGUUUCACAUCCAAUUUCGUUUUGCAAUUGGACAGACGAAGAGAGUAGUUUACUUACAGAACAUAUAAAGACUGAUCUCACAUCAGAAGCAUUAACUUCUGCAUUUCCUAACAAGUCACUUGCAUUGAUUAUAAGGAAAAUCCAUGACCUACAACCUGUUCUCGAUUGGACAAAAAAUGAAAUAUAUUUAUUAGCUGGAAUAAUAUUGAAUGAUUCAAAUUCCGCCAUAAGGCGUCAUAAACAUAAAUUUCCUUGCCGAAAUGUUUCUAAUUUAAACAAGAAAUUCCAACACUACAAAAAUAUGGUACGAAGGUUGAAUGGAGUGGAUCAUUCUAAGUGGACAAAGCCAGAGAUAGCCUCUCUAAUUUCUUUGAUAGAUUAUGACCUUACUAAGACAAAAUUGCAAAAAGAGCUUCCUAAUAAAAACAUUGAAGAAAUCAAGGAUCUUACUAACGAAAUGAGGAUUCAUUCAAAUUUCAGCCACGUCGAAUCUGUAUUAUUUGAACAAACAAUGACUGAAAAUGACCCAAUUGAGAUUGUUUUAGAUCAGUUUCCUCUCAAAAAUAAAGAAACAUGCAAAAAAAGACUAUUAAAAUUGAAUGAGUUAUCACAGCAUAGAGAUAUGGCAAAAAGAAGAUUAGACGAGUUCGAGAGUCUUAUUCAAAAUGAACUCAAGCAAAUAAAGGACUCCAUAGAUUUGACACGCUUAAAGUAUUUACUUGUAAAUGAUCUUACAGGAAAACAGCUUAGAUCACUGUUUCCUGGUAUUUCUAUGAAAUAUUUGAAACUUAUUGCUAAGGAGAUGGGUUUCGAUGAAGCCGGAGAAUAUACACUUGCAGAAAUGAAUUUCUUGAAGAAAGCUCUCCAGGAGAAUGCAAAAUUAAAAUCAAUCAUUGAUGAGUUGCCGUUCAGAAGCCAAUUAUCUAUCGAAACAAAGAUAAAUAGCGUAGAACCAAAUCGAAGGAGAUCAGUAUUUACAAGUCAAGUUGAUGAAUUAUUAUACAUGGCUAAAUGGUAUAGCUCAGACAAUUUUGGUAAUUUGAGUCGUAGAAGAAACUCUCGUUAUGCAUCUAAAUUAGAUAAACCUAAAGAUAAAGCUAGUGAUAUAAUGCAGCCUAGUAAAUUGCAUUUAGAAAACGAAGAAGUAACGGAAGCGAAAGUAAUUCCACAUGAUAAAGGAGUCGAAAACAUGAUCUCAGAUCAUAAAUUGAAAGGUAAAAAUAAUGAACAGAAGAAAAGAAAAUCAAAAAAACCAACGUCUAUGGUUGAAGUCUUAAAGGAGGAAUCGGCAUACUUUCAAAGUGUUACCGGUAAUAGGUGUGUACUCAAAGAAGGUCAAAAGAGAAAGCGUGAGAGACUAAUGCAGAUCAAGUUGGAGACGAAACUUAAAAAGCCAAAAAGUCAAAAUCUUAAUGAAACAAACAGAAUACAAGAAACUAAAAAAUUAAUGAAAUGCGACGUUGAGCCUGACAAGGUCAAAGAACAGAAAUCUUUCAAGUCUGAAAACUUAAAGGAAGCUAAACUUGAUGCUUCCGAUAGUCUGAUUGUUUCUGAUGUUGAAAUAUCUUUAAAAAAGAAGCUCAAUAAAAUCGAAAAUGAGGAGAAAAGAAGCCCUUAUGACCCAGAAGAUAUUUCUACAGAUACAUUGGUCCCUUUAUAUGGACGGCAACUAUAUGUGAAUGAAGUCUAUGAAACUCAACCUCGGCCGCCUAAGUUAUCAUUUAGAGAAGAUACCAAUAUUAUGGUUCAAAAUUGUAGCGAAAUAUCUCUUACUGAUACCAUAGCAGCGGAUAUUAUUUCACAGCAUUGUAAGAAUUAUCGUGACAUGCCAAUUUCAUUUCCACUGUUAACUAUCGUGGAUAGAAAUACGAAUAGGAUGAUACUCAACCCUAUGAACAAAAUAAGAAUACGAUUUUUGCUUUAUCCUCAACAUAGUGAGUUGUUUAUUCUAGCAGAGCCUAAAUCUAAUGAGUUGGACCCCAUAAAUGAGAUUAAGAAGUUGUUUCAACUUCAUUACUCAUUGUUCUUUUCUCAUUCUUCAAAAUUGAAGAAAAUUAUUUUAAGUGAGUAUAAUAAAGAAAUCGAUAUUUCUAUUGAGGAAAAUGAUUUCGUUAGGUUUAUGUUUGUUAUAGAUAAAUGGAACCGUUUAAUGGUUGAAUUAACACCUAAUGAUGUUGAUAUAGGUUCUCAUGAUAUCAAUGAAGAAAUUAGGGCCUAUUUGCUGCCUAAUGAGAUUAAAAUACCCUCAGAUGAAGACAUUAGAUUGGAUAUUUUCUAUUCAGAAAUCCAGCUAUCGACUGAAGAGAAUCCAAUAUCUGAUAAUGACCCUAUUGAACCAUCAAGUCCUUCAUUCGAUUUGAUAAAAUCUAUGAAGCGUUGUUUCACACACGAUUCAUCAAACCGCCUUACACCUCCUAUAUCUUCAGAAGAGGAUAAUAAGGAAAAUGAACCACCAAUAGAAAGCGAUUUCAGAAACAAUAAUAAUAAAGGUUCUAUACCUUGUACCCCGGUCAGGCUUAAUACUAGAAAUAAGAUGGUUGUCAAUGCCGUGAAGCCUGAAAACUACGAACUGAAUUUCUUUCGUCAUCUCAAAGAAAAGACUAGUGUAUCUAGAUUUUGCGUACAACAAAUUCUUUUGCGUAUAUAUUCGAGGAUUGUAUCUACAGAAUCAAGGAAGCUUAGGUCCUAUAAAGCUUUUACGGCUGAGGUCUAUGGUGAAUUAUUGCCUUCGUUUACUAGUGAAGUCCUAACUAAAGUUAAUUUGCAACCACAGCACAAAUUCUACGAUUUAGGUUCAGGAGUAGGAAAUACUACUUUUCAAGCAGCUUUGGAAUUCGGAGUACAUCUUAGUGGUGGUUGCGAAAUAAUGGAACAUGCUUCUAAAUUGACUGAAUUACAGACCAUGCUACUUAAUAAGCAUUUGGCGUUGUUGGGGUUAAAAAAAUUACCAUUGAAUUUUGCGCUCCUGCAAAGUUUUGUUGAGAAUGAUAUUGUUCGUCAAGCAGUAAUUGAAUGUGAUGUACUUCUUGUCAAUAACUAUCUCUUUGAUGUUAAUUUGAAUACUGCUGUAGGAAAAAUGUUGUAUGGUUUAAAACCAGGCACGAAGAUUAUAAGUUUAAGAAAUUUUAUUAGACCAAGAUAUAAGGCUUCAAGUGAUAAAACAAUAUUUGAUUAUUUGAAAGUUGAAAGGCAUGAGAUGAGUAACUACCUUUCUGUUAGUUGGACUGCAAAUAAAGUACCAUAUUAUAUUUCUACGGUACAAGAAAAUAUUUGCGAGGAAUAUGUUUAA